CGAUAUAUAUAGAAAGAGCGAGAGAAGCGAGAGCAAGACAGAGUCUUGGCUUGCUGGGCUACUGGCUCCAAGCAUAAACCAGCCAUGGCGUUUCUGGUUUACAGUGAGCUUGCGCUCUUGGCCUUCAUGCUUGUUCUCGGAAACACAGCUUAUGCUUCCAAAGCUCAGCCCAAAUACGACACCGCAUUGUUCAACCGGAGUAGCUUUCCCUCCGGUUUCCUCUUCGGGACCGCCUCUUCGGCAUACCAGUAUGAAGGUGCAGCAAAAAUGGAUGGCAAGGGUCCAAGCAUUUGGGAUACUUUCACUCACAAAUAUCCAGAAAAAAUAGCGGAUGGAAGUAACGGAGAUGUGGCUAUAGAUCAAUACCACAAGUAUAAGGAAGAUGUUGGGAUAAUGAAUGAGAUGGGUUUGGAUGCUUACAGAUUCUCAAUCUCGUGGCCUAGGAUAUUGCCAAAAGGAACGGUUAAGGGAGGAAUCAACAAAGCAGGCAUUGCAUACUACAACCUCCUUAUCGACGAACUCCUAGCCCAUGGAAUCAAGCCAUUUGUGACCAUCUUUCACUGGGACCUUCCCCAAACAUUAGAGGACGAGUAUGGUGGUUUCUUGAGCUCGAAGAUUGUGUAA